UCGUGCGUUUUUCGCAAAUUGACUUCGCCUUGUCUGCUGGUUGCUCCACUUCAAAACCACCGUCGCAUUUAUCCUAUCAUGUAGCGCCAGUUCCUUCAUCAAGUUUCUUUUAAAAAUUCAUGAGACUUGGAUAAGAGCCGUAAGUGUUUAAUCUUUGGGCGGAUGUCCUGUCAAUUUCCGAAGCUCUACAAAGCCUGCGUUCUCAUUGGUUCCGUGAGAAGAGCGUGCGCGCGAGCAGGUGAUAAGUGUGACUAGCACGUGCGUUGCCACGGUAGCUGUUUUGGAUCCACCGUGACAGCUUAACGCCAGUUGCGUACAGAGUUACUGUUAAAGUACCGUCAAGUUUUUCUGUAGAGAAUUUCAAAUCGACGCUGCACCGGUGGUGAUUCACAUCAAAGGAUGCCGCAUACAGGGCAAACGGGCGUCAAUCAACUAGGUGGUGUGUUCGUAAACGGUCGGCCACUUCCGGACCAGAUUCGGAGAAGAAUCGUAGAACUUGCGCAGAUGGGAGUCCGGCCAUGCGACAUCUCGCGCCAGCUAUUGGUUUCCCACGGUUGUGUGAGCAAGAUACUAACACGAUAUUAUGAAACGGGGUCAAUAAAACCUGGUUCAAUCGGCGGAAGUAAGCCAAAGCAAGUCGCUACGCCUCUGGUGGUGAGGAAAAUCCUCGACCUGAAACAGCAGAAUCCGUCAAUAUUCGCGUGGGAGAUUCGUGACCAGCUUCUAGCGCAGAGAGUGUGCGACGAGACCACCAUCCCAAGUGUCAGCUCCAUCAACCGGAUAUUGCGUAACGCCACCACAUGCGCACCGGACGUUGUGUCACAGUUCAGCUUCGACCUGGUGAGCCGGAUGUCACCGGCCUGUCCGCCGGGCCUGUCGAUGAUGUCCGUGAGACCGUUCCACCCGGCCUGGUACCCGUUCGCGGUGCCAGGGUUGUCGUUCCCCCGUCUUGUCCAGCCACUGCAUCCCGAUCUGAGUGGGAGCUCAAAAGUCACGAGUGAAAGCGACCAAAAUGAAACGGACAAAACAUUAGAAAAAGCUUUCGGUCUGAAAAGGAAACCAGAAAGUAUAUCCAAAGAUGAUACUGUUUGUAAAGAAAGACGAAUCAGCGACAGCGAAAAGGACAGUGAGGAAUCUUCAACCAAGAAACACAAACACAGUUGUGAGGAAGACGUCAGCACGACGUCCGAAGCGUGCACGCGAACUGUUGAAAAAAGCGACGUGAUUUCUCGGGAAAAGACGUUAAAACUGUUCGACGUUGGUCCGAAAGACGCUGUCCGGUUCUCAGCCACGUCACUGAGCGAUUCCUUUGAACUGUACAACCGCAGGCCGCUGUGUCUGACUCGCAUGUUACCCUACCCUCUCAUUACGUCGAAUUAUUCCCCUUUACCGGCUCCUCAUCCAGUGGGCAUGCUUCCUUUACACAUGACGUCGAUGCGUCAUGGGUUCGGUCACGUGUCGCCGACAUAAAAAGGACUGUCGUUUUAUGAGCCAUGGUGGAAAACAUGGUGUGCAAUUAAUACAAUCAUUAAAGUGCCAGCGAGUUCUGUAAACUUGUGUAAGUAUUCCUGCGGACCCUGGGUGGUCGCUCGACAGCAGGUGUUUUAAACAACAGUUUUGAAAGAAAUAUGAAGUAACAUCACAAGAAUGAUUUUCAAAAUGUUGGUAUGGUAAGCACCUAGAGAAACGCUAUUUGGCUUACGGCGAUACCCGUGUUGACAAUUAGACAUUAAAUUUUUUAAUUUUAAAUUGUCGUUCACCAAAUCGUAAAAUUCAAAUUACCCUGUAAAGCUGAAUUAGCCGAAUAUAUAUUUGCCAAAAGCUAAUUUAAAAAUCACACUCUUUCGUCAUUUUAGCUGUUUGGGUAACACAAACUUUAAUUUGGCUACAAAUUUCGUUUAAAAAAGGUGAAAAAUUGCUAAUAAUAUUGGGAUCCAUCUUAAAUCCUAAUUUAACUCAUUAAUUUGAGGAUCAGUGUUUGGUAGUUAAAACUAGGGAUGGGAACAGUUCAUACUAAAUAAACAGUAUUUUUACAUAAAACAUUGAUAUUGUCCAGGAUUAAGAAUUUACUUGUGUUUAUUAUUUUUAAUAGACCUAUUAUUUCUAAUUAAUUUAUUUAUUGUGUUGUUACCGGGAUCUACAUUGAAUUUGAACUAUAUCAAUGACAAAAGAAAUAGACUAUGUCCUCGUCUAAUAACAGGGCCGUAGCUAGGGGUGGGGAGCAUGGGGGGGGGGGGAGGGCGCCGGAAAGCAUUAUAGAAACUUAAAGAAAAUUCUCUUAACCGUUUAAGGAGUUUUAGACUAUUAACUACUCAGUUACCCCUCCCCCCCCCCCCAACAAAAAUCCUAGCUACGGACCUGAAUAAUAUAAUAAUUCAAACUAUACAGUGGAAGUGACCAGACAGUAAGUACUGCGCAUGCGUUACUGGCUAAAAGACUAUCCGGUAAUGAUGUAAAGACUGUCGAGAAUGGUAUGAUGUUUGUUACAGUAUAACGGACGGAUUUAGACCUGGGGGGGGAGGGGGGGGCACUUCAGGUUCGGGGGCCCCUCAGCAUAGAAAUUAAAUUACAUGACAAAUCAAAAAAUGAACUAAUUUUAUAAUUAUUACAUUUUUAAAUAAAGGAAGUAUUUAGUCGGGGGUGGGCAGGGCAAUUGCACCCUUUGCCCCCUUAAAAAAUCUGGCACUGCGGUAUCAUAAGACUUUUCAGGAUGUAUUUCGUGGUCUGUGACACCAUGCGUUAGGAGACAACAAGGCUUCGGUAGUUCGAAACUAACCAUUGGUGAAGUAUUACUAUAACUGCCAAUACACAAUGCAUUUAGAGUACAUUGUUUCUACUUAUAUGCAAACUUUAAUGUACUCAAAUGAGUACAUUUUAAACGCGAUUUGCGCUUUAAAAUAGUACACGAAAUUAAGACACAUUUCUAAAACAUAGCUACACUCCUGGUCACGUCCAAUUGUCAAUUUUUGUAGGCAACUAUGGCACCGACAAUGGGUGUUGUAUCUCCUGUUUGUUUUUUUAACAAAUAGCUAGGACUUUGUCGACGGAACAUUUCAUAGCGGCACACAAGUGAUUUCUGUAUGGGUGAUUCCCGAUCUUUAAGCAGGAGGUCUUUGCAGUGUAGGCUAAAUCAUCAUAUUGCGAUAAUCAGGAAGGUAAAGUAAACCAAAUGAUAAUAGAGCAUUCUAUCUUUCCUUCCCCCACGACCACUAACCGGGUUUUCGCCAUAAAAGGUACAAUUAUUUGCCUUUGGAUUAGGAGCUGUCGCCCAAGAUGGGGAGGUGAAGCAGUUGACUCUGGUUUUGGCGGGGUAGGUCAGCUCUAUGUUUUACAGUAAGGCUUAGGGUUAGGGUUAGAGCUGAUGGAACAUAGACAUGGCCCCGUUUUGGCCAGUGGAAAAUAUAUUAAACUGUUGUAACCAUUUUUACUAACAACUUGCACAUUGCAGCUAUUUGCGUAAAUGAUUAAUUUUGGUAAAAUUAAUAUGUAUCUGGUGGUCUUUGUGUUUGUAGUAGCUAAAAAUGCAUUUUAUACAAAACGAAAAAGGUACGUACAUCUGAAACUAUGGGCAGCGGCUUUAAAUAUAAGUGUUGGGCGCCAAUUCUCCGAAAUCCGUAUGUCUUUAUACGUAACGAUAAUUUUCUAUACAAACUGGUCGAGUAGAUUCCAUUUUUAAAACUUAUUUUCGUGCUUAUAUCCAAUUACAGUUCAAGCAUGUUGUCCUGGGCACACACCUCAGCUAUCUGGGUUGUCUGUCCAGGACAGUGGGUUAAAGGUUAGUGGUUAGUGAUAGAGAAGAGGAUGUAGUGGUCUUACAUCUACCCAUUGAGUCGUUAAAACUCGCUCUGGGUGGGAGUCGGUACUUGGGUGCGAACCCAUUACCUACCAGCCUUGGCAAUAUUUGUAUGGGUGAUACCCGAUCCUUAAACGGGAGGUCUGUGCAGUGUAAAUGGUAAGAACAUCAUAUUGCAAUAAUCAGGAAGGUAAAGUAAACUAAAUGAUAUUAAUCUAUUCUAUCUUUCCCACCCCACCCCACGAUCCCUAAGUGGGUCUUCGACAUAGAAGGUACAAUUAAAUUUGCCUUUGGAUUUGGAGAUGCCUAAGUCCGGUGGCUUAACCACGACAGCACCGAUGUCGGUAAAUUCUAUUUAUGCCUCCCCCGAGUGUGCGUAUGCGUCUACGUAUCCGAUCACUCUUACGCAGUAUGGGUUAUACAUAUGUAUACGUAGACGUAUUCCGGACAAAUUUGCGCCUUGGGGCAAGAAUGUUUGUCUACGAGUAGGGUAGAACAGUGUUAGACGUGUUAACGGGAAAAGACUGUCAUUUACAUAGAGGUUAUUGAAUUUAUGUAUAUUUUACGCGGAACUUUAUUACGAGAAAGAUGAGGCAUUAUUUAUAAAAGUCUCGCAAUAGUUCCAGCAGUAAAUUGAAAUAUUUGACUAAAUCACUUUUGUGUUCAAUUUUAAAAUACGUCGCCUUCACACGCACAUAUGACUGUGUAAAAUCGAUUUUGUUAUAUAUAAUUUAUUAUGUUCGUUUUAUUGUAGAAAAUAAAACAGCCAAAAUGU